AUGCAUCUUGGCAUAUCGAUUCUGUUAGCCAAAGAUCCGAUCGACAGCGAAAAGAAACACUUAUUCACAUUUCUUGAGCCACUCUCGUUUGGGGCUUGGAUAUCGCUUGCCGGUGCCUAUCUCGUCGUAUCGAGCACUAUGUGGUUGCUUGCUAAAUUUAGUCCAUAUGAAUGGUACGAUAUCCAACAAAUAGACGGCCGAGAUAGAAGCAUGGAUGAUCGGAAAAACCAGUUUACAAUUCUGAACAGUUUAUGGUUUGCAGUUGGAAGUCUGAUGCAGCAGGGUUCGGACGUCAUUCCACGAGCCGCUGCUACA